AUGGUAUUGUUUAUAGAGAAUUUUAGAAUUUAAAUCUCAUAUGUAUUAACUUUAAUUAUAAUGAAGCAUAUUCGAACCAGAACUAUCGCAAAAAAGUUCAGAAAGACUUUGGUAAUUCCCCCUUAAAAUUCUACACAAGAAACUAACUCAGCAUCAAAAUUUAAACAGAAAUUCACAACCAUUUAAACAUCCAUCAUAAUUUCCUUGAUAUCAAGGGCAUUCUCCUGA